UCCCACAAGUUUCACUCACCGUGACUUCUUCUUCCUUCACCGCCUACAGUCUGGCAACCUUCAAAUACCUGCACAAUCCAUCACAAUCCCCACGGAUCGCAAGCAAUUUUUCUGAUCUAAAUCUGUUGUUCAUUUUUGACAUUGAAACAGCCAGGCAAGUAAUCUUAUAGUGGAUUGGAAACUUCUCAAGCGCAUUAAUCAUGGCUUAUGAAGACCGUGGUAAUUCAAUCUUUGAACGGAUUUAUCGAUGUUACCCUGUCUCCUUCAUUGAUAAGGCACAUUUGGAAAAGGGUGAUAAAAUUAUUAUGCCUCCCUCAGCUCUUGAUCGCCUUGCAUCUUUAGACAUAGAGUACCCUAUGUUAUUUGAACUAAGAAAUCCUUCUGCUGGACGAGUUAGUCAUUGUGGAGUCCUAGAAUUUGUUGCUGAUGAGGGACUGAUAUAUUUACCAUGCUGGAUGAUGGAAAACAUGCUCCUACAAGAGGGAGACGUAGUGCAAGUGAAGAAUGCCAGCCUUGCAAAGGGAACAUAUAUGAAGCUGCAGCCCCACACCAAGGACUUCUUAGAUAUCUCCAACCCCAAAGCUAUGUUGGAAAGAUCAUUAAGGGGCUACUCUUGUUUAACCACUGGUGAUACCAUCGUGGUUGCUUACAACAAUAAGAAGUUUUACAUUGAUAUAGUUGAAACAAAACCCUCAUCUGCAGUCAGUAUAAUUGAGACAGACUGCGAGGUUGACUUUGCUCCUCCUCUUGAUUAUAAAGAACCUGAAAAACCGGCACCAUCAGCUCUGUUGAACAAGAGGAGACCAGAAGUUGAAGAUGAGCCAGCCGACAAGAGGGCCAAGAUCAGCCCAUUCACGGGUUCUGGGAGACGUUUGGAUGGAAAGCCCUUGACACAAUCAGCUGCAUCUGCUUCUUCUCCCAUGCUUAAGCACGACCAACCAGAGGGUCAAAAUGGAACCAAUUAUUCUAAGUCAACAAAUUCUGCCUCACAUCAAGCUUCUGGAAGGCUUGUGUUUGGUUCAAAUGCAAACAAACCUGAAAAGGAAGCACCAAAAGUUGCCCCAAAGAACAGCAAUCAAGAGCCGCCGCAGAAGAUGGAAGAGCCAAAGUUUCAAGCAUUCACGGGGAAAAAGUAUUCACUGAAAGGAUAAGCGUAGUUAAGCUUUUCUCCACCCGUCCCUUUAAUAUAUGAGAUAGAAUCAAGUCAUUUUGGCAAUGGAAAAUCCUAAAUUCCUAACCCAAUAGGUGUCCUGCAUUAGCUUUUAAUCAUUAUAUAUUUAGGUUUGUAUGAACCCAAAAUUAAUGCCCUAGAAUUGGUAUGAACUCUGGCAAUGCAAAUGGUGUAUGUCCCUACUCAUUUUUGUAUAUAAAUAUCAUUUUAUAUUUAAGCAUUUAUCUAUUUUGAAGAA